UUUUGGUUGACGUCGACAGAUUGAAUUACGCCAUCGUCCAUAACCCUCGAAACUGCUUCGUUGGUAUUUUAUCGGCUCGAUUGACACUAUAUCUUUGGCCCUCUUCUUCGAUACAGCGCUGUUCCAUCGGGAUUUCUUCGCACAAUGUCCGCCCUGAACGCCUUCCACGAGUCUCUUCCAUACAUUGAUGACGAGCCCACACCAGCGGAACGUGAAGCUGCCGAGUCCCUGAUUAGGGCCGAGCUAUCCAGAUCCUCACCGAAACCUGCACCGACCUACGAAGAACCGACCUUCUCUCCUCUCAUCGAGCUCGAGCUCGAGCGUAUUGCCUCCCAACAACCCCUCAAGGCCGUCGACCUCGAACGCUACCAAACACAAGAGCCUUUCGCGGACUCUGGGGAACUAUCGACACCAGAGGACCGUCAGCGUCUUGCCGACGCUCUUCAAAAGGCAUACAUUUCCUAUACCUAUCUCGAUGCUCGUGCUCAGAACCUCAGUUUGCUGGAUAAAUGGGGAAAGAAUGCCUGGCUAAUUGGCAACUGGGAACUCGAGAAUGAACUCAAGACUCUUGAGCGGGAUCUCGCCGAAACGAGGCGUUUGAUCGAUGUAUUGACUGUUGCUCGUCGACGGCAGCAGGAGGAGGUGGCAGCUGAGAUGAAGGGACUGGAGGAGACUUGGAAGAAGGGGGUUGGAAGAACUUUGGAGACCGAGAUUGCCGUUGAGCAACUGAGGAGGGAGGUCCUGGAAGAAUUGAGAGUAAGAGAGGCUUAGUGCGGUCCGCUUUGCGCCGGCGUGGGCAGGGACUAGGUCGUACUAGUUGAUGAGGAUUGCCAGCUCGUUCUUCACUUUUCAUGUACCAACAAGAAGCAAU